AUGCAAAUAUUUUGGAUUGCAACUGGUCUUGCUGUGGCCGUUUCUUUAGUUCAAGGUGCAAUUACCACUCUCGUCGAAAUCUGCGAGGGCGAGGGACUCUGGACAAUCAGGUUCAGUCUUGGGCGUCGGGAGCACCUAUGGUGGACAGGCAUAGCGUUGGCUCUUAUUGCCUCGUUAGGUUGCAUGGUCCUUUCAUUCCUUGCCGGCAAUAACAGCGAUUCGCUUGGCAUUAUUUUGUUGGCCAGCGCAUCCUCUCUUGCUGUGUUCCGUUAUGCGUGGCCUGCAUGGCGUAAUCGGCAUUACUGCUCUAAUCGAUGGGCAGCAUGGACUGGUCCAAGCCGUACAGGUAUUGAUAAAACUCUGGUUCCCCUCAUAGAGGGCGAUGAUCCAUGGCCCAUUUUGAGUAAGGAGGUUCCAGCCAUGAAGCAGCAUCCCGUCGACAUCCGCCUUCGCCUUUUCAAAUCCAGGCUCAUCGCUAGUGACCCUACAGAUAUCCUCAAAGCGAAAAGGCGGACUAUUGACUCGGGAAUGUCUGAGAAGCAGCCCGUAGCCAAAGAAAAAUCGUCAACAAUCGUAGAGCGUGGACCAGAUAAUCGCACUGGUCUUUACGAACCCAUCCGUCAGAACCAAUCUGCUUCCCUUCUAUGGGGGGCCUACAUUGGGUUCUCUCCACGUGUCAGUCGAGGGAUAUUAGCUGUCCCCUCACGUUUGUUGAAAUCGUCUCCGCUUACUGGUUCUGGUCACGAUGGUCAGUCUGUGUGCCUUACCCAUGGCAUCCUAGGUCGUAACAAGGGGCUUGCCCCAAGUACGUUUAUACUUGGCUUGAACACCAAGAUUCUUGAGGAGAAAAGCGUCCAGUGGCCUCGGCCUUCCAAAGUCCUACGCAGUUACUUCAAAGAGGAGAUGGAAGCUGCUUACGGAGCGCUUUCGAAGAACUAUGUUGACGCUGCAACGGAGCUUGCACUCCUCCUAGCUGAUUCAAACCAUACUCUUAUUGCAGAUUGGCUUGCAGCACGCAUGGAACAUCAAGACCUUGCGCUGAAUAACCAAGUAGCCCGUCUUGGCGCAUCUGAUGAUGACCUGCAGUUACUGUAUCAGCUCUCCUAUGCUGCGAUGUUAGUCAGCUUGAGCGCACAUCGGAAGGGUCGCAAGUAUCGUCCAGAAAUGAAACUCCUCAUUGCAUACUGGACAAAGUUUAGAGGUGGCGCUGACCCCCUUCCCACUUGGAUAGCUUCGAAAGAGAUGAAGGAACGAGUUGACCAGGAGGAAAGGGAUUUAGGCGGCACUGACUUGGAUGCUUUGAUCGAUGCUGUUUUGUUUGGGAUUAAAACCUCAUCUUCCGCGGAGAAUACUGCGACGCCUGUUACUAAAUAG